CAUCAUCCGAAGCGGGAGCGCCGCUUCCUCUGCGGGGAUUAUUCUAAUCUGGGGGAUUCUGCGGAAGGCCAGAAGCCCAGGGCUCUCUGGAAACCUGCCAUGUGACAUUUGGCUGCCAGCGCUCCGUCACAAGGUCAAAGGGGGCCCCCGGUGCACAUUUAAUGGAAAUGCAGAAAACAAGCGCUGCACACAGCAUCCAGCACCACCACCACGAUUUCUACAGCGAGUCCCUGCACGAUGCCAGCGUGUUUGGCUGCGCUCAUUCAGCAGCCGCACACCAGCAACUGGCGCAAAUGGAGACGUUUCCCCGGAGGUCGAAGCAGCUGAACCCCAAGUUUACCACGAGCAAAAAGAUUUUCCCCUGGAUGAAAGAGUCCAGACACUCAAACCAGAAACACGGCAGGAGAAUCUCAGACUGCGCCGCCAAUGAGAAGUGCCCAAGCGCGACCCCGGCCUCCAAGCGGACGCGCACCGCGUACACGAGCGCGCAACUGGUGGAGCUGGAGAAGGAGUUCCACUUCAGCCGCUACCUGUGCAGGCCGCGGCGGGUGGAGAUGGCCAGCCUGCUCAACCUCCACGAGAGGCAGAUCAAGAUCUGGUUUCAGAACCGGAGGAUGAAGCAGAAGAAGGACGAGAGAGUGCAGGGCCUCUCCACCAUCAACAACACAACCUCCUCCUCCUCACCCCCGUCCUCCCCCUCCGCCCCGGGCAGCCCCACUCUGUCGAGCCUGGGUUAUGUCCAUCUGGGCGGGGAUUACCAGCCGGCCUCUCCUCCGCUCAAAUCCCAACAACAUCAGUCACAGCCGUCGUACCCGGCAGAAUACACCAAAUAUCCAGCUCCAAGCUUCACGCACGGCCCGCAGUUUGACGCGCAGUACAACACGCACAACACCGCACACACAACAAACCCGAACCUCGAUGUGCACGGCUCAUACUUCUCACAGAACUGCACCCCUCAGGACAGAAUCAUGCAAGCUCCAAAGCUGACUCAUCUGUAG